CAUGGAGCAGCUGUGCAUCAACUUCACCAAUGAGAAACUGCAGCAGUUCUUCAACCACCACAUGUUCGUCCUGGAGCAAGAGGAGUACAAGAAGGAGGGUAUUAUCUGGGAGUUCAUUGACUUCGGUAUGGACUUGGCUGCCUGCAUUGAGCUGAUUGAGAAGCCCAUGGGCAUCUUCUCCAUCCUUGAAGAGGAGUGCAUGUUCCCCAAGGCCACUGACACAUCCUUCAAGAACAAGCUGUAUGACCAGCAUCUUGGCAAAUGCAAGGCAUUUGAGAAGCCAAAGCCUGCAAAGGGCAAGGCUGAGGCCCACUUCUCCCUGGUGCACUAUGCCGGUACUGUGGACUACAACAUCGCUGGCUGGCUGGACAAGAACAAGGACCCACUGAAUGAGUCUGUUGUUCAGCUGUACCAGAAGUCCUCAGUUAAACUGCUGGCUCUUCUGUAUCCUCCCGUUGUUGAGGACACAAGCAAGAAGGGAGGCAAGAAGAAGGGUGGUUCUAUGCAGACUGUGUCUUCACAGUUCAGGGAGAACUUGGGCAAGCUGAUGACUAACUUGAGGAGCACCCACCCUCACUUUGUGCGUUGCCUGAUUCCCAAUGAGUCAAAGACUCCAG